AUGAUGCAGAGAAAACCAGCUCCUCCGCCGCUUCGGCCGCCCUCGCCUUCGCCCUCGCCCUCGCACCCGCCCGCGCCCGACUCGCCGACGUUCUCGUACGCCUCGACGAACCCGCUUUCGACUUACACUCUGCCGCUGCCGCCACCGCCUCGCCCCGCCCACACCGUGCUCACCAAGAACGACCUCGAGCAGUCGCAGCAGGCGUACUCAGACCUGCUGUCAACCGCCAAGUCGUACCGCAUCGCGCUGUCGACGCUGUCGACGGCCGCCUCCGCCUUCGGGUCUGCCCUCGAGUGCUGCGCGCGGCUGAAAGAGUCGCGGGCGGACUCGCUCGGCCCUCUCGCCGGCACCACCACCUCUACUACUACUAGUGCUGCUGCCGGCGCCGUCGGCGGACCGCCCGGCGGCGUGGCUAGCCUCAGCAAUAGUUUCACAACCAAGGGCGUGUGCACCGCGGACCUGCUACUAGGGGCGAGCGGCUUGCAUCACCUGGUGGCGAACCACCAGCAGAUCCUGUCAGAGACCGUGUACCGGUCAUUUGAGGUGCCACUACUGCAUGAGCUUGACCGGUGGCGACGGGCGAUCGAGGACGAGGAUGAGGCGUAUCGGAAAGAGGCGGCGGUGCGGAGCCGCGAGAUCCGGCGGCUCGAGCGCGAGGGACAGCGUCUCUACCACCAGCCGCGGCGGCGUGACGUUGCUGCCUUUCGCGAGCACCUUGUCACGCUCACGGGGCGACUCGACGGCCUCACCACCCUCCACGCGGCCCACGCCCGCGCCCUCCUCCGCGAUUGCCAGGAGACGUCAGAGCGCAUCCUCGACGCUAGUUGCUCCCUCGUACGUGCCGAGGUUGACAUUUUCGAGGGCCUUGCCCGCAAGGGGUGGACCGGCGGCGGCCUCGACGAGCUCCUCGAGAAGGGCCACGACCUAUUCGCCAGCGAUGAGGACGUCCCGGUCGGUGUCGUGGCCACGGUGGGCAUGGGAGGGAACGGAGGGCCUGGACUGAAUCUAGAUGGCGGCGGUAUCGGAGGAGCAGGGGCUGGGGCAAAGCUAUUUAGCAUACUGCCGCCCAAGAGCAUACUCGCACCGGACUCAGUCUCAGACUCCGGACGCACGAUACGAAAGAGCGAGCACGGGCGGGCAGACAGCCUGCUCGUCGACUCCGAGGACCACUACCAGAGCCUCGUCGGGGCCGUCGACCGCGAGCGUGACGGCAGCGGGCGUGCCGUAGGCGUGGACGGCCUCAGCAGCCCCGGCCUCGGGGGAGACCCGGAGGGCCUGUUCAACGACUUCAACCAGAACCAGGGCCUGCGGCCGUUCAGCCCGCAGCCUAUCCGCCGCCGUGCCACCGACGUCGUCAUCAACCCCGAGGCGCUGCUGUUCGGGGGCGAGGCCGAGGGCGAAACGGAAGCUAAGGGUCGCGUCGACAACGACGACGACGAACGUGGCGAAAGCCAAGACCGGGACGGCAACGGCGGAGAGAAGGCCGAGGCCGAGGCCGCGGCCGAAGAGCGGGACGACGCUUCGGUCCUGACCGCGAUGGAGCUGCCGGCUCCUCAGGCGCCCGCCUCGGAGCCGGAGACGCGGCCGAGCAUAGAGACGGACAGGGACGAGUCGGACGACGGGCCCGAGCCCCCGGUGGCAGACGAGCCACGCCUGGAAGCGCGCGUGGCCGACGGCUAUAUAGACGUGAGCGAACGUGCCGAGUCGCCGCCGACGAUAACGGACAAGGGGCCGGCAGUGGACGAUAGAUGA